AGUCAGAAGGCCAAAACUCUUGCAUGUAUUAGAUAUUAUUUUACAGUAUUUUUACAGAGCUUUACAGUUUCUUACGAUAAUCUUAGAGUGCUUGUUAAUUUUGUUUGAAUAUUGCAUUUAUAUUGCUACUAUGACAUCCAUUAAGGCAAAAGAUGGAUUUGAGUUGGACUGCUCCCAUAUUAUCGACAUGAAAAUGAGCAAGAAAAAUUUGUUUAUUUUGAUGAGCUGCAAAGGUGAAGGAAAGGAGUCUAUCCGCACCGAAUUAAAGAAAUUUACCUUAUUGGGGGAGUUAAUUGAGACGAUAAUUUCAAUGAAUGGAUUCAUUAGUUUAACUGGUUUUGCAAUAGAUGAAAAAGAUGAAAUUUUCACUUGUGAUAAGGAAAAUAUAUAUAGAAAUUCGGAAGAUGGUACUAAGAACUCAUUCUUUAAUACAAAAUUGGGACUGAUCUCAGCAUUAUCUGUUGAUGAAACAGGUGUUUAUUUUGCAAUCGAUGAAUGUAAGAACGAGACAAGUAUUGUUCAAUAUUUAUCCUUUAGCGAAUCGAAAGAUAAUUGGGAGAUAACGCGGUUAGGUAAGGUCCUGUCUAUGAGUGUCGGAACGAAGAAUUUAUAUGCAUCACUACAAUAUUGCAUUGAUGAAAAUAUAUUAAUAAUGGACAAAAAUGAUAAGUCGGUUCUAACGGAGGUCAGCUUAGCUCAGCAUACAAAUCCGAUAGGUUUGUGUAUUUUACCAGGAAAUGAGUUUGCUGUUGCCUGCUUUAAACAAUGGAAAAUAUUACUUUUUCAAUCUAAUUUUAAGGCAAAAGGUGCUCUAAGGGUAUUGGGAAGACCCAGUUUUGUGUGCUUUAAUCGAGAUACUGAAACCUGCAGUAACGUUCUUUACAUAGCCACCGUAACCGGUGGACCUUCGGAAUGCUCAGAUGCAAAAUGGCAAAUUGAAAUAAAAAAACUAUAAAUAAGUAAAGUAAAUUAAUAACAUCUAUGGAAUCUUAUUUAUUUACUUAAUUCAUCAAACAAUUAUUCUAUCGAAUGCUUCCUCAUAAAUCAAUGUUCCUUAACGAUUUCUGCUGGUAUAGAAAAAAAAAAGUAUAUUUAAAUAAGAAUUCGAAACAGAUCGUGCUUACUAUUUUUCUCUUACGAUCUAAAAUACAAUUUUCUAACCCUAUUUAUCUCUCGGAGAGUGGCGAAAAUAGACUUUUCGUACAAAGAUGUACAAAUUUUCUUUUCAAUUACGAGAGAAUCCGUAAGAUGUCGCUUGAGAAAGUAGGUAAUAAGCGCCAACUACCGAAGAAGGUAAUCAGAUAUUCCAAUUGGUUUUUAUACUAUAUUUGUUCACAGAGCAUACGGAAAAUAAAUCAAAUAUUAAUAAAAUACAAAAACAUAAGAUAAAUACGAAACUGGGAGAAUGAAAAAGAAAAAAUGGGUUUUUUAGACAAGAAAUCGAAAGAAAAGUCCUUUCGAAGUCAAUUGUUCUCAAAUACAAAAAGAACAUAGCAGAAUAUAAAAGAGAAAAUCAAGAGGCUAUUCUCUUCCUCAAAUUGUGUUUAUAUGGCAAAUGCACUAAUUCCAUUCAAUCUUUUUGUAACUUUACGAUAUCCCCUCAUUUCCCUACUUUAGUCAAUGUAGUGGCUGUUCUUAUUGGGCUUCCUAUAACCCAGUUUAUUACUCACUAAUGCCAUCUAGAAUCUUGGAAAAAGCCAUCGAAUUUUAUCAAAAUCAUAAAAAACAUGAGCAGGUGCAUACACUAUUUAAUGAUACGUAGAUUUUCGUUCUUGUCAAUUAUGAGAGAUAGAACACUUCUACAUAAGACAUUUAAUAUUGAUUAAUCACUUAUAACAAGGAGAUAGUAAAACUUGAGGAAGACUCUUCGCUGUUGGUGUUAGAACUGAAAUGAAAACUUUUUUCCUAAUCAUUCGUUCAUUUUUUUCUCUUCUCCUCUUUCUAGUUUUCUUGUCAAAGAUUUCACUUUUAUUGUAAAGCUAUCAUUGUUUCGAUUAUAUAAAGGCCUAUAUACCAAGUGGGUUCGUUUAGAAAUUGGGUUAAUUAGUGGGAGAAAAUGCAAGAGCUACUCUUGCUUCAAUAAAGUACUGCAACGUUAUUUAUGCAUAUAUAUUGACAAUUUACUUUUCGUGGUUCAAAGCUGAUUAAUCGAUAAAAGAUUGUCGCACACUAUCACUGAAAAAAAGCUUGUUGUUUCGAUCUCGGGGAAAAACGACGCAGUAAGCGAAAAGAUGAAAUUGAUCAGUGAAGCUCAUCAAUCAUUUAUUGCACGAAUACUCUUAGGCAUAUAAGAACAAUGAUUUCAUUCAUUUACUCAAUUUAUGAAAGUCUUUUUAUGCUUUGGAAUUGAUACGCACUUAACAGACAAAUACAAAUGGGUGUAGGAUUUAAAUAUAGCAACCGCAAACCUUUUAAGCCCUUAUUGUAAGGUAUGAGAGAUGGCAAAAUAUUAAAGACAGACGGUAGAGGAGUUAAAUAAGAGCGGCAGUUCAAAUUUCUACCCAAAUUAAAUAGCCUCAAUCGAUUUCGAAUUCCGCACGGACUAAAGAUUGGCCGAUUUCUCAGGCGCGUAUCUUUCAUUGAAAAUCGUUAAAAGCUGUAAAGAUAGAUGAAAGAAAGUAUGGUAUUAUGGAGAAGUUUCAAGCGGUCACGAACCCGGCCUUUGAUGGAAUGGUCGUAAAUACUCGUAAAAUGGAGUAACUAGAGCAAACUUUUCAUUUGGCUGGCUAUUGAUGGGUUUGCAAAUGCUAUAUUGUGGGACAAAUUGAUUAUUUUUUAUAAGGCUACGCACUCCACAUGCUUCUCUACCAAAUUGUAUUUAUACACACGUAAUGGAUAAUCUACGUAGUCUGGGGAACGAUUAAACUCAAGCCCAAUGAGUACAUCCUUUUUCAUUGUCUAAUUACCAUAUUGAAAAGAGUAUUUUCGGCGAAAAACUUAUUAAAUGAGAUGUGAAAUACAUGCAUAAAUUUAUUUUUAUGUUAGUCGGUCUUAAUCAAAUAUUUAGACCGCUUAUCUUAGGAUUCCCCAAUGGAGAUCAUUUUUCGUUUAUACAGGAGGCGAUUAAUCCAAAUAUAUCUGUGUAAUUGACUGCGUACGAAAUAUACAACUGGGCUCAUCCACUGUCGAAAUGAAAUUGCUGAAACGAAAACGGCGUUACGCGGUCUACUGCAAUGCUCUAGAUAACGAUCAUAAUGAGCGAAGUUUCUUGGCAGCCGACCCGUCCAAUGUAUCGUUUGAUAUCUUUUCUAUUUAGCAAACGGGAAUCUACUCAAUCAAAUAGUUUUAUUGACCCCGCCCUCACCUUCACUCUUCUAUUGAAUGGAUUUAUAACAAGUGCUCUACAGAACAAAUUGUAAAGUUUACAGUUUAUAAUUUGCAUUAUUACACCAGAAGCUAACAAUGGCGAUUCGUUUCAAUAUUUUCUGGUGGAUGGUUAUAUAAUGGUCUAUCUAAUAAAUAAUAUAGAAUCGACGUAUGUCGAUUUAAUUGUUUUUACUUCGAUGAAUGUAUAUUUAUUAAGCAUUAAACGGUUUGCUCUUAGUUAGUUCGUAUAUUGUGGAUAAAUAUUUACAUAUUGACGUUUUGUCAUUGAAAGUUAGAGAGGGUUUGUGUUGUAUUCCAAUUGUAUUUCUUUCUUUCAUUCUCUCGCACAUAUACUUUUAAUAUUUCUAUACUUUUCCUGUCUUUCUCUCUCGUCAAUCUUUCUAACUCUCGCCCUCUUUCCUUUGUAUUAUAUCUCUUUCUUUUCUCUUCCUAUAACUUAACAUGCUUACUAACUCUUAAUGCUCUCCCAACAACACUCUUUCAUCCAUUUUCUCCUCCCUUUUUCCCCUUCACUCAAUCUCUCUCUCAUACCCUUCAACACAUCCAAAGUAAUGUUUUUUUUAUUUGAUAAAAAAUAGACAACGCCUGAAAAACGCUUAUUUUUUAAUAGAUAACUCGUUUCCCUCUCUUCCUCUCCUUUCUUAGGGCGCCAAUUCGGUAAAAAUAACAAAAGUAGCGCUUCCAAAGAAGUAAUUAGGCGAAGUAGAGGUCGCUGAAGAGAGAAAGUAGAAUAUCCGCUUUUUAAAGACUUUAUUCUCAGGUCAUAUUGUCUGCGUUACCCGUUAAGAACAAAAUGAGUAAAGUAGUAAAGUAGGAGAUAACGCCAAUAGUGAAAAAGGAGAAAGAAAUAACAUCUUGGAAGAAGAUUGAGAAGGAAUAAAAUAGCAUUUAGUUCAGGCGCAUCAAGAAAGUGAAUAUCACAGUCCAAACCAUUAUCGAAACCGUAAAUUUGUCGAUUUUUGAGGCGUGGUUAACGUUCGUCGGACAAGUUCCGACGUAUCCAUGAAUUAUAAUCCUAUAUGAGAUAUCUAGUCCCUUAGGCAAACCACAGCUACUUACAGCAAUCGACCAGCGCAAAGUCAGAGCCGACGACAGUUUCCUUCCGCUCUUACAAUCGAUCAUCUCUCUUCCAUUUCUCACAGUUUCAUUGCUGGUACAGCCGGAAGAUUCAGUGGUUGGUGACAAGGUUAUAACCUGGUUGCUUCGAGGGUCGAGAACUCCCAGUUUUUGUAAACAGUUCAUGUGAGCUCUCAUCUUGUCUACGUCAUCAUGUAAAUAAAGAAGUAAUUUUAUACAGCAAUCCUUCUUUGCAUAUGAUAUUUGAUAUUGUAAAAUCCCACUAUGAGGUGCCAUAUCGAAUUCGGCUAUAUAGCCAAACCAGUUAACUGGCCUUUUUAAUUUACCUUCGAAAGUACAUGGUUCCGUAGAUAAAACAGGGUUUUUCUUUUUCUCCUCAUCGCAGCUGUUUUCAUUCAGCAGGGGAAAAUAAAAAGUAAUAUACAGUAUAAAUUUAUAAGGAAUGAAUUAGCAUGUUUACCAAAUAAAAGACUUAGAAAGUAAAUAAUAUGAAUUUAGACUAUAGGAAAAGAUGCUAGGCGCGUUCCGUCCUACGCCAAUUAACGAACGGCCACUUAACGCACUUUCAUUUCCUGCACCACCUGUCAUUUUCAAAAGCUUUUCUACCCUUACCGAUAAAUCGAUCGGUACCAACCCUCCUCUAAUACAAAAAUGCUAAAUUCUUGUCGUCACCUUCUUCAAAUUAUUCGAUUCAUGCGUGCUCAUUAUUGCAGAACCGUCUUAAAAGGCGUCCGAAAGUUAAAUAGACGCGAAAAUAUGGCGGCUUGUGCGUGAGGCGAAUUUCUAUCGCCCCGGGAAUUUUCCUCUAAUAAUCGGCUUUUGCUUUUCGUCUGGCGGUUCAAUUCGGAAGUGGAAGACAACUUUUGCAACUUGUUGGCCGAAAUAUUGAUCCUUAUGAUAAUUAAUAACCGUGAUAAGUAAGGAAGGGGGUAGCCCGCCGACGGUGCUUUUUAUACUUAUUUGUUCGGCGGAUCUAUUUUUUUGCUAGUUUCUUUAUUGAUUCUGUGGCUAAUGUAUUCGUUAUUCUCGCAAAGAAAAAAAUCGAAUUGUUCCCCUUAAAGUUAUCUACCUCUUCCCUUUUGACGAAAUGAAUAGACGAAUUAAUACAGGACAUUAAGCUGGAACGUUACUCGAGAUUUUUUCAAUUACUGUGCAAUCCAGAAGUUGUCAUUUACACUCUGAGUUGAUCAGUUUGUCGUUUGAUUCGAUAUUGGCUGUAGCUAUUUAUCUCUCGAACGUGUUAAUAAAUUAUAAGUUACAGUAAAAGGAAGCUAACAGUUUUAAGCUAUCCUCACGAGUUUAAAAAGUGAUAAGACGACACCGUUUUUAAGGAUUUAACGCCCCACAGAAUCGUAAAAGUCUUGCGAUAGGCGAUGGGAGUUAAAAACACCAAAUAUAUCGAAUUAUUUACGAUCUUUUAUAUCCUUAUUCGAUUUCGAAGAUCCUUUAAUCUUCGAUGUAGAUUUUCGUCUUUUUCAACUUACCAGUUUCCACCAUCGGUGACCGUUGGCGAAAUUCCAUAAUAGUCAUAAACGUCCGAACUUUUAUAUGUAGAAUUCUCUCGCCAACCCGAGGCCAAAGUGAAUAGGCCUAAAAAAUGCCAAACACCCAGCAUUUUUUAGAACUGGUCGUCAUUUCACCAUCUUCCCAUUAUUCCGUUUGCCAACCGAACAAGAAUGUGCCCGCCGCUAGAUGGUGUUCAAAUCGACAAUCUCUAACGAGCCCUAGUUUGUCCAGGACGGUUGUCGAUUAACGAGAUGGGUUUUUUUUCUCCUCCCUCCUUUUCCUAAUAAUUGUUCGUUUUUUCUCUCUUAGCAGGCCAAUGGGCUGGGGAGAGAAAUUUCGGUUUUUUGUUUGGAUAGGGGAAUUUUUCGGGAGAUCGAAUUCUCUUCCGUCGAGCGGAAAAGGAGAAUUCGAAUAAAAUCUAUGGGGAAUCGCCCAUCUCCUCCCCUUUUCUUUCACAUUUUUCAUAUAGUUUUUAACACACUUAGCAUGCAAUCACUUACUCUUCUCGAUUGAGAUAUACUGCACAUUCUUUUUUAUAGAUCUAAUCUCUUCUCCUGUCGUAAAAUUCACGCAACUAACGGUUAAUUCGUUUAGAUGGAAAAAUAAACCUUCUAAAUUGGGUAAUACUAUAUGUGGCAUAUCUUUUUCAUUACCCAAAUUCAGAACAAACAAACCAUAUCGUUUUCAGGUGGAUUAUAUAUAGGCUAAACUGGGAAUUAGUAAUAAUGCAAGGCGUCAGAAAUUGGAAGCUACAUAUUUGCUGGAUAAACUUUGCCAAAGUUCUAUUAUCUCGUAUGAUUCAUUCCAGUGCGUCUUUUAGCUAUUAUUCAAUAAGCGCUGGAAUUCUUGCC